UGGAAGGUUGUUCAGAAACGUGAUCCUUUCUUUCAGUGCCCAUCCUCCCCUGGCGUCACUGGUCAUUUCAAGACCGUUUUUGUCAAUACCGAGCCAUCCGUUCCGUCAUUGCCAUAGCUACCUACCUACCUACCUGCCCAGAUAUCUAAUCUUUGGUGACUGACUGCCUCAUCUUUCCUCCGUAUCCUUUUCUCUCCAUCCAGUCCAGUCCAAUCUCAUCCAAUCCACUUCAAUAUCAACCCGCUCAAACUCCAUAGCAAUUAUUCUCACUUCAUCACCUCCGUUCAACCACCGCUCGCAAACGAUAUCGCUAUUUCUCAAGCUCCACUUGAGCUCUAUGACUGUUGUGACUUCCUGUCUACCUAACUACAUCAUAUAAAGGCCCCGCACCCAGCCCAACAAAGCUCAAUUUGCGCCUCUGAUAAAGGACUGUGGUCCCGUACGUUGUUGAUCUGGUUGUGUUCCAUACCGACAUUCUUUGAGAGCCUUAUUUAGCAAACGAAAUCGUUCGCAUACCAACGUCCUUACCUAGGCAGCAGCCUCUUGCAGCAAGCAACAAUGGUCAUGGGUCUUGUCUCUCAUGGACGCCGCAGGACCGGCAGCACCGCCAGUGAGUUUGCCUAUCCUCUUUCUCGUCCUAUAAAGAACCGGAACCUCUUGUGACGGCUGAAAUGCGCAAUCGACUCCGUGGAAUCUUUUCCCCACGCUACACUGAAUUUGCGUUGGUGUCUCCCUUGUUCAAGACGUCACCCAGACGCUGCAGUGCUGGCAUCCAUAGUUCUUGGCAGCUUGGAGCUCUAGUGAAGGGCGCCCCCCUCUGCUCUGUUCUGUUAUGUUCUCUAUUCGGUUCAAGUGCUCACUCACCCACAUCCUUUCACAUUGGAUCCCCACUCAGCAAAUCCGAAUCCUCCGUCCCUGUCCCUAUCCCUGACCUUCUAGUUAUUGAUCGAGUUCUGUUCUUGCCCCUCCCAAAUCUGCACCCCGCCAAAAUCCCUUAUAUUUUUCUUGGGAAAAAAACAUAUAUUUUUUUUUCUCUUCUUCUUGGCCGCUGAAGAGUCGCUAUGUUGACAAACUGGUUCUCGCAACCUGCAGGCACUCGCUCCUCUACCGAUGACCCUCGUGGUCCCGACGCUGAGGAUGACACCCUAGUGAUGGAGCCCGAUCAGGGCAAUGGUGAGCCCCUCCUUCGUCGCAGGUCGCGUCGACUUUUCGCAGUAACGGUGCGAUUGCGGCUCAAACCGACCGCCUCAGCCUUUCGACCUUGGACUGACCAUCAUGAUGUAUUCAAGUCCUCUCCCAUAUUAUCUCUCAACUGCGACCCGGGGCCGAUCUGAGUCGUGUCGUUCUUCCCACCUUCAUUCUCGAACCCCGCAGUAUGCUCGAGCGCAUCACGAACUUCAUGUGCCACCCCGAAAUGCUCCUUCAGAUUCCAUCCAUAGACGACCCCGUCGAGCGCUUUGUAUCCGUAGUCAAGUUCUACCUCAGUGGUUGGCAUAUUCGUCCUCCAGGCGUCAAGAAACCCCUGAACCCUAUCCUGGGUGAGAUAUUCACUUGCUACUGGGAUUUUGAGGAUGGAAAGCGCGCAUAUUACAUCUCUGAACAGACUUCCCACCACCCACCCAAGUCGAGUUACUUCUACAUGGCCCCAGACCACCAUAUUCGUAUUGACGGAACUCUUAAGCCUCGGAGUCGUUUCUUGGGAAAUUCUGCCGCCAGUCUGAUGGAGGGUAUUGCAUUUCUGAGUUUGCUGAACCGCGGAAAGGACGCUGCAAAGGGGGAGCAAUAUAUUCUCACCCAACCCAACAUGUAUGCCCGAGGCAUUCUGUUUGGCAAAAUGAAGUACGAGCUUGGCGAUCAUAGCUUUGUCCGAUGCCCUGAACUCGACCUGGUUGCUGAUGUCGACUUCAAAACAAAAGGCUGGGUCGGCGGUACUUAUAAUGCCAUUGGCGGAGUGAUCAAGCGGGAGAGCACUGGCGAGGUCUUGUUCGAGCUCUCUGGCCUCUGGAGCGAGGAGAUGUACAUCAAAGACAUGACGACUGGCCACCGAGAGAUGUUCUUCAACGCUCUGAGAUCGAAGCCCUCGCCACCAACUGUGCGACCAAUCGAGGAGCAAGAGGAACGAGAGUCUCAGCGACUGUGGGACAAGACGGCUAGAGCUGUCAAGGACCGCAACCAUGAACUUGCCACAGAUGAGAAGACAAAGAUCGAAGACCGACAACGUGAAGAAGCUGCCCAACGAGCACAGGAAAACAUCGAGUGGCACCCACGACUAUUCAGGAGAGUUCAAGGUGGCCCCGGUGGACUGGAAGAAGGCGAAGAAGAUCUGGAAUGGGUCAUUAACGCCAAUAUUGACCAUGCUGCGACGCCCGAGAAGCAAGCCGAGCAAAUUAUGGCAAUCUAUCCCAUCGUCAAAGGACAAAAGUCGAACCAACGAAACGUCAUCCCACCGCACAGCCCGUCUGCCAAGCCUGCGCAAACGGCAUCAGCUCAACCGGUAGAGAAUCAUAUCGACGAUAACCUCAUCAACUUUGACGAGAUACCUCCUCCUGCUAAGCCGGAUCAGACCCCUGCUGCUGAACAAGGAACACAACAAUCUGAAAUCCAAGGCUUGCUCAGCUCCACGGGAAAGAAAGCCGACGGACCGCUGAUUGACUUCACGAACGACCUGAAAAAGGAUCUACCGUCUGCCACACAACAAUAAAACGCGAUGAAGAAACGAACAGUGGUUAUCUCUUAGAUACGGGACGAGGCAGUGAGGACUGGCUUUGCCUUGGAACAGUUGGACUAAGACGGAAGCAGGGGACAGGCAGGCUACAUCAACAUCGGCGCGCAUCGGGAUUAGUUAUACACGGGGUUUUGCAUUCUCCGUGGGUCUACAAAGAGUCAGAAGGGUUUCAACACCGGCCUCCGCCAGGUGACUACUGCAAUAUACUUUUUGAGAUAUAUUUGAUGAAGGGAGGGGUAUCCGUAAUGGUUGAAUCGCCCAUGAAUCCUUACAUAAAAACUAUUAGAAUAAAUCCCCAGCCCCUAUAACGCCGUGACCGUGCCAUCCG